AGCUACCUCAAAUAUAUUAAUCCGAGGAAUCAAAUUUCAUUUUUUUUUAAUUUUGUACAUACAGAUUUCCUUUUUAAAUAUCAAUAUCGUUAAUGAUCAUUAAUUUUUUUAAUAGAUAUAACUAUCAUUAAUGACUUCUUGUGUAUCAUGUUGCAUGAAUUGAUGACGUUAUGUAUACGCGCAAUAAGCUUCUAUUUCGAAAGUGCUAAAAUGCAUUCGAGCAAAUAAUCAAAUAUUACGUUUCAAAUAUUACGUACAAUUUCACAAGGACAAAUAAACUGUGAACUUUAAGUUUAACUCAAGCUACGUUCAUGUAAUUCGACCGAUGAAUUAUAUUUUUUAUUUAACUUUAAUUGUACGCAAUUCUCGUUUCACGUGUGGCAAUCAAAUCUUUCAGUUAAUAGAAAAAGAAAUUUUUGCAGAAUGGCACGAUAUGGAAAUGGAAUUUUGAAGCAUUACAAAAUAUUGCAGGCUUGUAAUUAACCUGGAAAGACCUGUUUGCAUAGCUAGCUUAUUAAAGGUCAAUGAAUGCGAGUUAUAUGGAAAUGCGCGAGACCUUUCCAUUUGCAUUUACAUUUACGUGUAUAUUUACAUAGUUCGAAUUUCCAUCGAAAAUUCCUUUUAGAAAAAUUUAAUUGCUUAUGUAAGUAAUCUUUUCUAACAAUGGAAAAUUUUGGACGGAUUUGAAAAUCGUCCAUGUUUUAUUAUCUUUAUGAUAGACGUUAAGAAAUGAUUCGUAUUCUUCCAUCGCACGAAAAUUGAGCGAUUACGUACGAAUGUUCGUAACAUAAAUUACGGACAAAGCAAUUCUCCUUCCAUAAAUAAUAAAGCGAUAUUUUCUUCGAGCAUGUAUUUAUCAACACGUGCUAUUUACUUCGGGGUAGGUAGAAAACGCUUGGUUGGAAUACAAACAGCCUUCGUUAUUUUUUCUCUUUCUCUCUCCAGCUUUCUAUCUCUAUUUAAGUGAAUCAUAUAAAAAAUGACGUGAAAAAUCUUAAUGACGAUGAAUUUCCUUAUGUAGACGUACAUCUCGUCGGAUUCGUCAAAAUCGAAUGAAUAGUCGAUUUCUAUUUUUCAUUUCUGAGGAUAAAAGGAUAAGAACGGAGGAGAGCGAAAAAGGAAGAGGAGGAGGAGGAUCGGCGUACUCGGUUAUUAUGCGAUCGACAUAGCUUGAAAACGAUUAAUACUAUUGUUAUGAUUCAGAGGUACAUCAUGACGUAGUAUCCACUUCAGCGAUCUGUCUGGUAGUCGCUCGCGAGGUAGUCGUAAAGAUCCUCUCAGUUUGCGUCUGGAUUGCGGCGAAUUCACUACGAAUAGAAAUCUUUCGAUAAAGUGAUAGCGUGCGAAAUGAAUAAUGUGCGAGAAUUCAAAGUUAAAGGAAAAUAACGUCAUGUCGCAGGAUAAUUCGGAAUCAAUCGAAUCGAUUAAAUCGAAAAGCGCGAGUCUCGAUCAUUUCGAAGACGAGAAGCGCGGGAAAAGUUGCGCGGAUGAAUUUAUAGUCGGUAAAUCGAAUAAAUCGACGCAAAGUGAUAUUACUCAUUCAAAUUGGAGACAUUCUUAUGGUCUCUCGCAUAAAUCUUAUUACGGUGGAUUGCAGCAACAACGUUCGACUUCUACGUUGCAUUUGCCAAAGCACAGUCAGUAUCAGAUAAGCGAAUCUAAUUUUUCCACUUACAAUCCGAAGAAUAACACUUUUUGCUCGACCCAAAGCGAAUUGAUAUUAUCAGCUAGGAACAGAGCCAGCAAAUAUGUCACGUUGGACAUGCGAUCUAACGUUGUAGGAACUCCUCCCUCGCAUCUUUAUCUUCCUUCAAAUUCAAACAAUUACACACUUGGAGGUAGCGUACAACCGUGCAACACGUGUUGUUGCGCUUGCAACGGACCACAAAAUUCUCAAACGAAUGUACCUCUCGUUACAUCUCCUUCGAUUAAUGAACAUGAUGGACCACAAAGCCUCUCCUGGAGGAGAUUGCACAUGAGCAGAGCAAAACUAAAGGCAACCGCGACAACGUCCGAACUUUUAAGUGGUUUCGCAAUGGUCGCAAUGGUAGAACUACAAAUAAAUGAUCCAACUGCGGUACCAGAAUGGCUGUUUGUGAUGUUUGCGGUUUGCACGACGGUAUUAGUAUCGGUGCACAUCUUUGCUUUAAUGAUAAGCACAUAUCUUUUGCCGAACGUCGAAGCUAUCAGUAAAUUACAAAUAUCGCGUCUCAUUACAGAAUCCCCACACGAAAGAAUGCGUGGCUUUAUAGAAUUGGCCUGGGCAUUUUCAACGGUCUUAGGAUUAUUUUUAUUUUUGGUCGAAGUAGCGAUACUUUGUUGGGUCAAAUUUUGGGAUUAUUCCUUCACCGCUGCUACUGCCAGUACUAUUAUAGUAAUACCAGUACUUAUAGUAUUCGUAGCUUUUGCCGUCCAUUUUUAUCAUUCUCUUGUUGUUUAUAAGUGUGAAACAUCGAUAUCGGAUAUAAAAGAAUUAGAGAGUAUAAAAAGAAAUUUGGAUAAUGCAACGAUAAAUCAUACUACGGUAUAACGAAUAUAAAUGGCAAGUUCAUUACAUUUUGAAAACAACGAAACUUUUUGGACAUAUUUACUCAAAUAUAUAUACCAAGUAUAUGUACAAGUUUUUGAUAGAAUAAGUUACAUGUUCCUAUUGGAUAUAAUAAUAUCAUCUUCGAGAACGAUCAUUUCUAAGCAUAGUAGUGGUGAAGAAAAUACACGUAUAAGUCUGUUUAAUAAACAUUAAUAAACAUUUAAUAAAUUACUUAUUAAACACAGCCACAAACGAAAAUGGCUAUCUAUCGUUAUAUAUAAAAACGUACAUCGAUGUACACGUCAGAAUUAAAAUUUGCAACGGGACAAAUAGGCGCGCGUUUUUAUUUCCUUUCUUCUUUGUUUUUUUCUUUUUUUUUUCUUUUUCUUUUUUUUUUUUUUUUUU